AAGAGUUUGAAAGAUGGAGUGAAUACCUGUCUGCUGCGGCCGACUUUUUCUCUAGCUUUGUUCCAGAUUUUCUCCGCGGUUGGAGCUGUCGGAGCUGUCGGAGAGCCGUGGAGAUGCUGAAUGUUCCGUCCCAGGCGUUCCCUGCGGCUGCCUCGCAGCAGCGCGUUUCCCCAGCCGGCAGGAACAAGGUUGCGCUGAAGCCAGGCCGCAGCCUUAUGGACUGGAUCAGGGUGACCAAGAGUGGACGGGACUUGACGGGGCUCAAGGGGAGGCUCAUUGAAGUCACAGAAGAGGAGCUGAGAAAGCACAACACGCGUGACGACUGCUGGACCUGCAUACGAGGCAUGGUUUACAAUGUGAGUCCCUACAUGGAAUUCCACCCAGGGGGAGAGGACGAGCUCAUGAAGGCAGCUGGAGUGGACGGCACUGACUUGUUUGAUCAGGUCCACCGCUGGGUAAACUACGAGUCCAUCUUGAAGGAGUGCCUAGUGGGUAGGAUGGCAGUCAAAGGCAGCACAGUUAUUAAUGGUUUAUCCCCUGCUUCCUCUGCCAAAGGUCUUGAACCAACACCAUCAGCUUCCCUGCUCCCACCUCUACCCAAAGAUCCUCAUCCUAGAUUUGACUGGUUCCAGACUGAUUCAACAGUCAAUAUUGUUGUGUACACCAAACGUAAGAUUACUAACUCGGGUAUCACUGUUGUUGACCUGGUUGGUGGUGCCCUACGAGUUGAGGUGAUCUUGGGAAAGAUGUCCUAUGUGCUCCACCUCCAACUGUCUCAUGAAGUACAAGAGCUCGUUUCUGUUCUUACUUCCUGCGCUGUUGGAAAAGUGCAAGUAUGUGUGCACAAGGCGUCCAGUGGCAAGUGGGCCGAACUGGGUCAGCCCCUGGAGUCCCAUGAUUCCUUUCUGCGCAGGAAGAACCGUGUGGUCUUCUACAGAGAAUGUGUGUUGAAAUCCAGAACGGAAGUCACGCACGACACCAGCCUAUUUUGCUUCAAACUGCCACCUGCAACCCACAUGCAGAUGCCUGUUGGUAAACAUGUCUACCUCAAAGCUCUGGUACAAGGUAGUGAGGUUGUAAAACCCUACACACCAGUGGAGAGGACGUUAAUGCCUGAAUUGCCUGAGUCUAAGCCCGUGGAGGGUAGCAGCAACGAAGUCUUCCUCAUGGUAAAGGUGUACCCUAACGGAGUGUUCACGCCUCACCUCAACAGCCUGAACAUUGGUGAUUCCUUAUUGAUGAGCAGUCCAGAGGGUUCCUUUAGUCUCCGCCCUCUCCAUGACAUCACUCACCUGUACCUGUUAGCUGCUGGAACUGGCUUCACGCCCAUGGCCAGGCUCAUUAAAUUUGCCCUGCAGAACCUCGGGACUCUCAGAAAGGUCAGGUUGAUGUUCUUCAACCGGCAGGAGAAGGAUAUCCUGUGGCACUUCGACCUGGAUCGACUCGCUGCCCAGGAGGAGAGGUUUGAAGUAGACUACGUCCUCUCUGAGCCAUCUGAUGACUGGCCAGGCAGGCGCGGUCAAAUCGAAGCAUCCUUGCUGUCAGACUUCUUAACUAAGCAGGAGGAAUCAAAGUGCUUUGUGUGCAUCUGCGGUCCCACGGCAUUCACAGAACUGGCUUUAAGGCUUGUGCAACAGAUGGGUUACCUUAAUGAGGAGGUCCAUGCUUUUCAAGGAUGAAAGACAGAAGUGCAGGAGAUGUCUUCAGCCCUGUCUUCACUCUUAGAGAGGUCCCUGUUUGAGUGUGGUUUCAGUCUCUUUGAACCACUUCUUCGCUAUGCACUCUGCAGGAUGCCUUGACUUGCCGUCUUCGACAGCAGUGGAAGCCGGCCUGUGCGGAACGGUGGAAGAGCAGCAACAGCGGCAAUCUGACUCUCUUAACAAUUCAGGUUAAUGUUGCUGAAACCAGCAAUAUGAAUGCACAGGCCUAACCAGUAUGCCUGGGAAAAUCUUUAACUUGUUCAUAACUAGAGUGACACAUGCGAGAUAUGCAUUUGUCUAAAUGCAAGACCUCUAGGAUAGGAUAUCAAGACUAUAAAGACCUUACAAAGAUAUAAGGUACAUUUCUCAAAACACAGGUGCUCAUUCACGUGAUCUUUUCAUUGACUUACACCUCUGCUUCAAAAUAUAUUGUUUUGACUUUACUUCCAUGUAUACAGAAAAAUUGUAAUACCCUCUGCUGUUAGUCUAUGCAGAAGAAGAGAGUAAGGUGCAUUUCCCUUACAGACAUAAUCUACUGUUACCACACAGCCCCUAUCCAACUUAGUUUAUGCAGUACAGUCAGGUACGAGAAGGAGUUAAGUUCAACCUUGAAUAUGGCCCAGUAUGCAAGCUUCAUGAAAACACAAUCUACAAAUGAAUGGCACUGGUGUUCAUUAUUGAGAGAAUGAAAAGGUAUUCAUCAGAGGAGCUCCGUGGACUCUCUUGCCAGCGAGUUGGGAACUCAGUUUUAGAAGCCCUAACCCUGACCUGGGUGAACAUCUCGUAGGAUCGCAGCGUCUUGGAAAAACAUGCCGCUGCUUUUACACUGGAGGAUCUUUCAAAAAGUCACUGAAAACAGGGUAGGGCACUAGGUAGACAAAGGAAAUUCAGCUCAAGCAAAACUGCUUGGGUUUUCUUACCCUGUUGUCAGAAAUGUUGUCAUGUGUUUUUUUCAGAAUUAUCCACCUCAGUAAAUGUCAGAUUUAUGCAAUGUUUGCUCUUGCAAUAACUCAAGCCAGCCUGUUCUCACUGCCAGAAUUUGUUCUGCCCUGGAGAUUGGUAUACUGUAAAGAAAUAAAGAAGAGCUUGAGUGACAACAUUCAUGAAAA